AUGUAUAAGAAGAAUUUCAAAAGUGAAUCGAAGACAUCAACAGAAAGAUUAGUGUGUGAGCUAUAUUGUGUUACAACUACUCAUACGCCUGCUGACAAUAAGUCUGCUGCCAAGACUUUAAUUGAAUACGACAUUGAUGAGACUUUGGAAAUCAAGGAAGAGAUCAUUGAAGAUCAAGACACAGUUACAGUCCAGGAACGAAAUCAAACAAAUGAGUUAAAAUUGCGUACCACUAAUAUGAGAGAUGAUGAUAUUUUGGCUGUCAAGUGCAAGCUGCUGGGGCCGAAAGAGCUGGAAAAUCCAAAAUUAAAACAGGAAAUAAAGUACUCAUGCAAAAAGUGUAGUCGUACCUAUAAGAAAAAAUUUCAUAUGAAUUAUCAUCAAAAAUUUGAAUGUGGCGUUAUUCCGCAGUUCAGUUGUAAAUUCUGCGACAAAUCAUUUAAACGAAAAUACUGCAUGAAUGUCCAUGUAGAGCGCGUGCAUCUCAGCGCAAGCUCAAAGAAGUCUGUAAUUAUACCUAAAUGUGACAAAUGUGCUCGAAGUUACAAAUCGCUGAGAGGCUUAGCUCGACACAAACGUUUAGUACAUGCAGUAGAUAAACCAGAAUUUAUUUGCGAUUUUUGUGGAUAUAACUCGAAUACGAAAUGUAACUUGGCAAAACACAUGACUUCACGGCACUCACAGACAUUAAAAUACAUGCAUAAAUGCAACAAAUGUGCUUGCGUUUACGAUUGUCUAGAAAAUUUAUCUCGGCACAAACUUUUAGUACAUGCAGCAGUCAAACCACAAUUUAUUUGCGAUUUUUGCGGAUUCAAAUUCACAUCAAAAUAUCAUUUGAUAGAUCACAUAACUUCACUCCAUUCUAGCUUGAUAAGCGACUCACCAAGAUCUCGUUAUAAAUGCGACAAAUGUUUUCGAAGUUACAGACAUGCGCGUAAUUUGAGUCAACAUAAUCGUUUAGAACACGCAGAAGUUAAACCACAAUUUACUUGCGAUUUUUGCGAAUAUAAAACGAAUCGGAAAAAUAGCUUGGUAAAACACAUGAAGUGUCGCCACUCACGGAAAUCGAACUUUAGGCAUUUAAUCUAAAUGUACAGGAAGUUACACUUUGUUAAGUCAUUUAAAUCGUCAUGGAUGGUUAGGGCAGGCAACAAUCAAACCACAAUUUACUUGCGCUUUUUGUGGUUACAGAACUAAACGCAAAGAGUACUUGUCAAAUCGUAUCUCUUCUUUAAAGCACUUUUAUAUGUAAUAAUUAUUAGUCAUUUGAAACUUCAAUGACUGGGAAAUUUCUCAUACUAAUCAAAAAACUCUUUUGCGUAUAAUAUUAAGUGCUUGUGUACAUUGAAUUACUUUUGUAAAAUAUACUACACAGUACUAAGUUUUACUUUCUGAUGUUCCGAGAAGGUAAAUUUUCUCUGCAAUUCUCAGAUUUAUUUAUACGUUUUGUUUAGUUUGAAAAAGUAUAGGUGUGCGUCGGAAAUUUAGAUUUAUCAGGUAUUUCAAGCUGUAGCUAUUGACAAAUUAAACUGUUGAUAUAAUAAAAAUGUUGUC